CAAGUGGCUGAUGUGUUCUCUUCUAGUCGCGUGUGCUAUAUCGAUUUCAUAAAUCGAUUUUGCAUAAACACAUUGACGCUUUCUUCCCUCGAUAACUGACAGGAUUUAUUGAUAUCAGUAAACAUGCAAAUUUCAUUGCCCAUUGUUUUUGUAGUUCUGUGUGUCCAAAAAGUGACUCCUGGAAGCAGUGCAGGGCCUUGCUCCAGCGCGAGAUCGCGUGUUUUACGAGACUCCAGUGGAAGCAGUAGGCUGCGUGAACUGGAUUUAUCGCAUUCCGACCUGAUGUACCUGUAUAACGGGACAUUUCUUGAACUAAACGUCACGGAACUUGUGAAGCUGAACAUGGCUAACAAUUUGAUUUGGUGCAUUGAGCAGCAGGCGUUCUUAGGACUUGCAGAACUGGAACGAUUAGAUCUUUCUGGAAAUAAUUUGACAUACAUCCAUCCGGAUGUUUUCAGUUACACCGAGAAGUUAUUCUGGCUAUCCUUGGCUGACAACAAAUUCUUCACUCUGCCUUCCCAGGGUAUAUUCUUCUACGGGUGUGCACUCACGUUUCUAGAUUUAUCUAAUUGCAGUGUGAAUUAUAUUUCUCAGCAAACUUUCAAAGGUACACAAAAAGUUAGAUAUUUGAAUUUGUCUAAUAACUUAAUUCGCAGUAUUCAACCAGGAACUUUCGGUCCGCUGAAACAACUUAGAUGUUUAGAUAUAAGUUUCAACAGCCUAACUUCUUUACAUAUUGAUCUUUCCUUCAGAAAUAUAAGUGUUGGUGAUUAUCUUGCAAUCGACAAUUUGGAAUCGUGCUUGGAGCCAGAGUCUUCUCCAUCGGUCCUGAAACUAAAAGCGGACAAUAAUCCAUGGCACUGUGACUGCAAGAUGAAGCAUUUUUUAGAGUACAUAUCUAAGCAAGGGUCAACGUUCUCAGGCUUUACCUGUAAAGAGCCUUUAAAGGUUGGAAACUUAUCCCGGAAAUUUUUAGCAGAAUUGGACUGUACUUCAAGAAAUAUCGAAGAGGCCGCCGGGAAACCUACGUCUAUGCUACCCAGAAUAUCAUUUUAUUCGACAUCAGCUGUCACUGACGGCACAGAAGAAACAGCAACAAAUAUCCAACCUACGUCUAUGCUUCGCAGAAUAUCAUUUUAUUCGACAUCAGCUGUCACUGACUUCACAGAAGAAACAGCAACAAACAUCCACAUGCCUACACCAACCACAAUAGGGAACAAUUUUUCAACAUAUUCGUUGAUUGUUUUACUAAUAUUAGGGACAAUUCUUCUAUUGAUAAAUGUUAUAUAUAUUGUUGCACGUAUAUGUAAGUUUAGAAGACGUUACGAAGAGAUACGUGGAAACACAGGAGCAAUGGAAAGCGUGAAUGCUGAGCAACAGAUACAGGACAGUGAAUUGUGAAAGUGGCUGCAUGAAACAGUCUUUGUUAAACGGACUGAGAUAAUUAAUGAGUUAUAAAUUGUUUAGUUCUAUGCUUUUUGCUUCCAUUUGUGUCUAAUCUUUAGGUCUUUACGGAUAUAUUUACUAUUUAUAUUAUUAAUUAUUUAUUAUAUCUUCCAUGAAAAAUCUGAUCCUAGUGGCUUAUGUUGUCUUAGUUUACUGAUCGAUUGUCUGUGACUGAGAUUAGAACUUUAUAUCGGAAGAAACUGAGUAGCUAUCUUCCUAUCUUUCAUCUGUUCUGUUUCCGAAAUGUUCUUAUGGGUUCAGAAUACUAGACUACUGAUAAAUUUCACGAAAUUUGUGAUGUUAAAUAUAACUAAUCAAUUAUUA